UACUGCCAGGCUACUGGUCUGAAUUCUACAAGGGUCCAAAAUAUUGCACUAUACUUGGUAUGCAAAAAUUUGAAAAAAGCGCAUAUUUUCAAACGCUUUUAUUUGACUUGCUUCCUCUGUCGUCACUCUGUCCGAAACAUCAUCAUCACCAUCACCAUCAUCAUCAUCAACAUCAUCAUCAUAUCAUUUUUUCUCCUCUCUAGCCCUGGGGAGCAGAGGGCAACACUUUUCCAGCGGAUUCGGUUUUGGGCUGACCCUUUAUCUGUGGCCAUCUACCUAUGUCAUUCUGACAUGACUCCUGCUUCUUGUGAUUCGUGUUCCUUGAUACGGCUGAAAACUGUCGAAUACUUUUCCCGCUCCGUCACCAAACGUCUGCUGCAGCACGCUGUGUGGUUCCUGCUGGCACUCGUGGCCUUUCACGUCUGCCUGCUGGUGCACGUGCUCUGGCACGGUGCCAUCACGCGACGGCACAUCCUGUCCAGACAGUUUACAACUCGUGGUCUAGCAGAUCUGAGAUCGACAGACCAUCAGUGGUCCACACAGAGGAGCCCAGAAUAUGACGAGAUAUUUGAUCAGCAUCAACCCCAGCAGCCACAAGACGAGGCUACGAGAGUACAGGAACUGAGCGCACGACGCAUCAUCUCUCUACAGGAGUACAGGGCCGGGUCACGGACAGGUAACUCUCUGGUAGACGACUAUGGGUCAAAUAACGUGUCGGCACCUGGCGAGAUGGGGAGGGCGGUGGACUUGACCCAGGUUGACCUGACCCAGGUGGACGUGACCCAGGUGGACCUGACCCAGGUGAACCUGACCUUGGUGGAGCUAGUCGGUCGGGCCAUGGCUGAGUACAACAUCAAUACCCUAGCUAGUGACGUCAUACCUCUCAACCGCCUGGUGCCAGAUUCACGGAUCAUUGGAUGCGAGCAGCUUCAGUACCCGACAGAGCAACUGGCCACCGCCUCAGUCAUCAUCCCCUUCCACAACGAGUGGCCCUCCGUCCUGCUUAGGACCGUCUACAGCUUGCUCAACAGAAGUCCGCGGCGGAACAUUCGAGAGAUCAUCCUAGUGGACGAUGCCAGCACUUUAGAAAACCUGCACGACUACCUGGACGAGUACCUAGACACACAUCUGCCCCACGGUCUCGUGCGAGUCAUUAGACUCCACCAGCGGGUCGGUCUCACUAAGGCGCGCAUGCGCGGGUCUCGUAAAGCUACAGGGGAUGUUCUAGUCUUUUUGGAUAGUCACAUGGAGGUCAACAUCAACUGGCUCCCCCCGCUGUUGCAUGAAAUCGCCAAAGACAAGACAGUUGUGGCCAUGGCAUCGCUCGACUACAUCCAGCACGACACAUUUGAGUAUCGAUACUACAAGGAUUUUCAUGUUCGAUAUGGCUGGUCGUGGAACAUGGUGUUCUUUGAACGAUUAUUUCCUGACGAUCUAAUCGGCCCAGACCCGCGCGAUCCCCGAGAGGGACCGUCCAUGGUGGGCUCAGCUUUUGCUGUGGACAGAAACUACUUCAUGGAACUAGGCGGCUAUGAUGAGGGCAUGAGCAUUUGGGGUGGGGAGAACAUUGAGAUGUCAUGGAGGGUGUGGUUGUGUGGUGGACGCCUUCUGCAUGUGCCUUGCUCUAAAAUAGGUCACAUAGCACGUGGGCAGCCCUACACGUUUCCGGGCGGGCGGCAGGCGAUAGAGGACUUCAACUACAAGCGGGCGGCCGUCGUUUGGAUGGGGAAUUACACCAGGUUUCUCUACAGCAUCCAUCCAAACAUGAGGGACCUAGAUGUCGGUGACGUCAGCGAGCGAGAUGACAUCCGAGUGCGCCUAGAGUGUCGAGACUUCAGCUGGUACCUGUACAACGUCUGGCCUGAGCUUAACGUGUACGACGAGAAGGUCCUGGCCUGGGGGAGGGUCAUGAACCCAGCAACAAACACUUGUUUUGACACGGCCAAUUUCAUGUACCAGGACAGAGGGCCCCUCAACCUGAGGUCAUGUGACCAGCCUCUGAAUAUCCAGGGCUUCUCGCUACACACUGAUGGCCUGUUGAGGGCGACGAUGCACUGUGUGGUAGCCUCAGACAGUGCAGACAGUGCAGACAGUGCUCACCUACAGAUUGAAGAUUGUUACAUGGGUGCAGCUGACGGCUGGAUCUAUAACCAGACACAGAUCAUCCACCAGGAGAGCGAGCUGUGUGUGGCGGCAGCAGAUCUCGGUCCAGUUCUGGAACCAUGCAACUCGUCGUCCUUGAACCAGAAUUGGAUAUUUGUACCUUACACGUGGAACAGCUAACGACUUCUAUUGUAAACAAAAUCUAGUGACGUAACGGACAUUUAUCAAGAAAAUUGAGCUUGAAUGAUA